GACCAUAUCAAUUCAGUUCCCCUAGCUUGUCCAGUCAAAAUUUUAGAGCCCCUGAAGCUACCGAGAAAUGGCUCUCGUCCAGAUAGAUGAGUGCGAUUUUCACGCCCAUCGUGACGCCCAGCAGAUGGUGGACACGUGCCAGGACUUUGCGGACCAUUUGAUCGUGGCCGAGUUCCUGCCGCACAGUCGCUGGGUGGCCUACAUCAAUAUUCGCACCCUGGAGCAGGUCAUCUAUUGUGUGGAACUAAGCCUUAAUGGCUAUCGGAUCGUGUCCUAUGACUUUGAUAAUGUAACCGAUGAGGUGGCCAAUUGUGACACCAUCUACGCCUCCGCUCAUCAGCUUCUGGCUGCGAUUAGUCCCCUAUAUGCAGAGAUAUAUGGGUUCGGGCGAGUUCCCCUCAAGAGUAAAGCAAGAUAGAUGGGAGCCUGUUGCUAAGGGGGGCGUGCCAGGUGCAUGAAAAUUUGUCUGCUAAUUGCUAAUUGCCGCCCCGAAAAGUGAUAAUUAAACGUUUUUUGCUCAGGUAAAUGAGUUGAUUGCAAUAAUAAA